AUGGUUACGAUGUAGUGGUUGAUUUGCUUAAGCACGUUGAUUGGAGCAACGAAUGUGAGACAUUGAGGAUAACACAAGUUGUAAUAGUGGCUUUAGCGGUGACUAGUUUGACAGUAUGGAUCGUGCCUUGGAAAUAUGUGUUUAUUGUUUGUGGAUUGGGGAUGUUUAUUGUUAAUACACAAUUUGUGAAAGCCUUAACUAAGGAAAUGAGUCCUUUUAUUAUAGCAAAUUACAGAAGUUCUAUUGAGAAAUGGGAAGGUUGUUUUAAUUUUGAAAAUGGUGAGAAAACCGAAAGUAGUGGAAAUGAUGGGGAAAUUGACUCUUCAAUUGAGAAUGCUUGGGUUAAUCUAAGCAAAGAUGAAGUUGAUAAUGGCGUUGGAAGUUCUUCAAAAAAUUGA